UAUCUGCAUCAUGGUUGCACCUGUCGCUCUGCUGGUUUUGUGCUGGGCACUCAGGCUGAGCUGCAGCACAAGUUCAACUGAAUGGUUCCACAACAUUUCUACCAGUCUCUUCAAUUUGUCUGGGGACGUUAUGCUCGGAGGGCUCUUUCCCAUCAACCUGAUCACCAGCAACCUCAGCCAGAGAACGGAGCCGAACGACAUCAGCUGUGAAAGAUUAUAUGAGAACGGACUGGGCCUCGCUCUAGUGAUGAAAUACGCAGUGGAUGAAAUCAACGCAAACCAAGGUCUGCUCCCUGGCAUCAAGUUGGGUUAUCAAAUCUACGACACUUGCAGACAAUCUGCGGUCAUUGUGAAGCCUACCAUGUCUUUCCUCACUGCAAAAUCCAGCAAAGCGCUGUCUGUGAGGUGCAAUUACACCAACUACGAGACCAGCAUAUCAGCCGUGAUUGGUCCUUAUAGCUCGGAAAUGGUGUCGGUCAUUGGAAAGCUCCUGGGAUUCUUUCUGAUGCCACAGGUUAGCUACGGUGCCACCAGUGACAAAUUCAGUAACAAACUUCUCUACCCAUCAUUCUUCCGUACGGUGCCCAGUGACAGAUGGCAAGUGGAUGUCAUGGUGCUGCUGCUGAGGGAGUUUAAGUGGAACUGGGUGGCCGUGGUGGGCAGUGAGGAGGAGUAUGGGCAACGAGGUGUGCAGGAAUUCUCCAAAAAAGCAGAAAACAUGUCGGUCUGUGUGGCUUAUCAGGGGCUGAUUCCGGUGUACACUGACCCAGCACCAGCAAUCAAAACCAUUAUCCAAAAUAUCAAAGCAACCAAAGUGGGAGUGGUCGUGGUGUUUUCUCUUGUUGAGCCAGCUGAGAUCUUUUUUAAAGAAGUCAUAAAGAAUAAUGUAACAGCUGUGUGGAUUGCAAGCACAAGUUGGGCCAUCAAUAAUCAAAUAACUUCCAUCCCCAAUAUCCAAUCAAUCGGUACAGUAAUUGGAUUCAUUGACAAGAUACAGACUCUGGAUCUGCUCACCAACUACACAAAAGCACUCUUCACCAAACUGAGUGAGGAGAGGGAAAAUACGCCUGCUCCAUCACUAGUGUCCAAAGGCAAUCCUGACAAUCCCUGCCCACAGUGCUGGAGCUUGUCGAUGGAUAAUAUCAGCUUGGUGGAAGACCCUGGAGUGAAGCGCACGGCUUUCAGUGUGUAUGCUGCCAUCUACAGUGUGGCACAGGCAUUGCACAACCUGCUGGGAUGCAACUCAACUGCCUGUAUGCACGGAUCUGAAACCAAAGUUUAUCCCUGGAAGCUGUUGGAGGUUUUAAAGAAUACCUCUGUAGACAUAAAUGGCAAACAUUUACAGUUUGACAGUCAAGGCAACCCAAACAUAGGAUACAGUAUGAUUGAGUGGAUCUGGAAUGCUUCAGAGGUCAACUUCAUAGAUGUUGGAAGCUUUUAUGAACAGCUGACCAUCAACAAAACCCUCUUCAAAUGGCACACUAAAACUUCAGAGGUUCCUCAGUCGACCUGUUCGGCAGAGUGUGAUACAGGCCAGGUCCGCAGAGUCAAAGGCUUCCACUCCUGUUGUUUUGACUGUAUUGAUUGUGUGAGAGGCACUUACCAGAAAAAUAAGGAGGACAUCCAGUGCACUGAUUGCCCCACAGGUCAAUGGUCAUUCAACCGCAGCACUAACUGCACUUACCCCACCUUUGACGUUUUGUCCUGGAACACAUCUGAGGCUCUGGAAAUGGUGCUGGGCGGGGUGCUGCUCCUGGCAUGUCAGGUGUCAGUGGGUGUUGUGUUCCUGAAGUACCGGGGGACCCUGUUGGUAGCAGCCUCCGGGGGAGUCCUGAGUUUUGUGGCUUUGCUAAGCCUGAUGGGAGCUUGCCUCAGUCUGGUGCUCUUCCUAGGGCAGCCAGGGGACGUGGUGUGUCGUCUUCAGCUGCCCCUCACCUCCAUUUUCCAAACAGUGGCACUCUCCAUUAUCACGUUCAUCUCACUACAGAUACUCUACGUGACAGAGUUCCCAAAGAUGGCUUCCUCUCACCUCCACAUACUAAGAGGCCCUGGGAGCUGGCUGUUUGUGCUGGUCUGCUGUGCUCUGCAGAUUGGUCUCUGUGGCUGGUUUGUUGCAGAAGGGCUCUCGCUGUCUGAAUAUAAGGCACAAAUGAAAAUAGACUUUUUGAAGUCUUUUCUUGCAUGUCCAAUGUCCCCCUUGACUGGAUUUGCCGUGAUACAAGGUUUCAAUGGUGCAUUGGCUCUGAUGUCAUUCAUGUGCACCUUCAUGGCAGCAAAGCCUCUACAUCAGUACAACCUUGCCCGGGACAUCACCUUUUCCUCCCUGAUUUACUGUGUGAUUUGGGUGACCUUUAUUCCGAUCUACAUAGGCUUGAGUCACAAGAACAAAUCAAUCGUCCAUGUGUUUUUUACCCUGGCAAGCAACUUGGGACUGGUGGUAGCCUACUACUUCCCAAAAUGCUACCUGCUGUUGUGGAAACCUGAGCUCAAUACAGCAGAACACUUCUGUACCUUUCUGGAGGGCGUCCCACUUACACAAGCUCAGGAGGAACUACAGCCACAGAAAGAGAAAUAAACUAAUGCAGUUUUAUAAAUAAAAACUCAAAGAAAGAAUGUGUAAUAAUCACAUAUCUUGUAAAUUUUUCAUUUUGCGUGCUCUAUAUGCGAACAGAGAAUGUUGGAGUUUCAUAUAAUCAUCUCGCUUAGGUCUCCAGUAUGGGCUAUGAAGCAUACCUUACAUUAGGCUUUAAUAAGUUGACAUAUGAUGCAAUAUGUAAUAAUGGAAAACAUAAUACACAUAUAUUCCUUAUGUACAAAGUAUAGAAACAUUUUAUAACUUACAUUUUUUAAGUUUUUAUCAUGGCUAAGAUAGUUUUCUUGU